AUGUCUUCACCAUUAGAAUCAACAACAAAAACAAAAAAUAAAGAUAAUCAACAGACUCAACCAUCAUUGAAAAGUAUUGAUAAUAAACUUGGAACUAGUACUGGUGCAAAUAUUGUUCUAAUUGGACCACCUGGCAGUGGUAAAGGAACACAAAGUACUCGAUUAACGGAACAUUAUAAAAUAUGUCAAUUAUCAACAGGUGAUUUACUUCGUCAAGCAGCUCAUGAUCAAUCAUCAUCUGAAGGUCAACGUAUUCGAAAAACAAUGGAAGCUGGUGGUCUUGUUGAUGAUGACAUUGUUCUAUCAUUAAUUGAUAAAAAUCUAAAUAAACCUGAAUGUCGUAAUGGAUUUUUAUUUGAUGGGUUUCCUCGUACAAUAAAUCAAGGUGAAAAACUUGAAGAAUUACUUGAAUCAAAACAAAAACGACUUGAUGCUGUAUUAGAAUAUGCUAUUCCAGAUGAUUUAUUAAAAAGACGUAUUCUUGGUCGACUUAUUCAUAAACCAUCUGGUCGAACAUAUCAUGAAGAAUUUAAUCCACCUAAAGAAUCAAUGAAAGAUGAUUUAACAGGUGAACCACUUGAACGUCGUUCAGAUGAUACGACUGAAACACUUAAUGCUCGAUUACAUACUUAUCAUAAACAAACGACACCAUUGAUUGAAUUUUAUCGUCAACGAAAUAUUCAUCGUUCAAUUGAUGCAACAAAUAAAGUUAGUAAUGUUUAUCAACAAUCACUUGAACUUAUUGAAAAUUUUCGUAAACAACCAACUUAUAAGCCUAUAUUAAUUGAUGAAAAUCAAAAUAUAAUUCGACAAAUUGAAACAACUGUAGACAAAAAUGAAAUUGAUAAUACAUUAACGAUAAAAACAAAACCAGUUAAUAAUCAAAUGAAUGUUGAUACAAGUACUUUAAGUAAAAAUUUUCUAUUUGUUUACAAUUCAGUGACAAGUGUAUUACGUGAUCAUGGUAUUAUUUAA